UUUUGUUUCCUAAAACCCAGAGGAUUGAUCGAUUUUCUUCCAUUUGUCUAAGCCAGCAUAUUCGGUGUUCUUGACACAAAAAGCUCCAGACAGUAGCGACUGAGCGAGUCUCAGCUCCUAAAGUUCCCAGCUUUCUUCCUUUUUCGCGAGCUGAAAAAACUCUGUUUGGUUAGUGACAGACCGCAGAAAAGGAGAAGAGAAUUUAUUUAUUUAGUUCCUGAUAUCUCGUUUCAUUAGGUAUACUUUGCUGGGAAUUUGAAAGCAGUUAGCUUCUGAACUGCCGGCUAAGAGAUCCGAAGUCUAAGCUUUUGAACUGGAAUUCAUUUUAAACAGAGAAUACUUUCGUUUUCUUCGUCGCUCUUCUUCUUCCCCCUCUCCAAAACUCUCAUAAUUAGUUGGAACACUUAAUAGCUUCUACCAUUGCUACUGCUGCUGCUGUUAUGGCAGUGGACGCAGGCGCUUUCGUCACGAGAUUGGGGAUGGUGACGACCUCUGAUCACUCCUCAGUGGUCUCGAUGAACCUUUUUGUCGCCCUUAUUUGCGCUUGUAUCGUCGUGGGCCACUUGCUGGAGGAGAACCGUUGGAUGAACGAAUCCAUUACUGCACUCGCUAUUGGUUUGUGUACCGGAAUUGUUAUACUGCUCACCACAGGAGGAAAAAGCUCGCAUUUAUUAGUAUUUAGUGAAGAUCUUUUCUUUAUUUAUCUUCUUCCGCCGAUUAUUUUCAAUGCCGGGUUCCAAGUGAAGAAGAAACAAUUUUUCCGCAAUUUCAUGACCAUAAUGCUGUUUGGUGCAAUUGGUACUCUGAUUUCCUUCGCCAUCAUAUCAUUAGGUGCUAUACACUUCUUCCAGAAAAUGAAUAUCGGUUCCCUCAAGAUAGGAGAUUUUCUUGCAAUUGGAGCGAUAUUUUCUGCAACCGAUUCUGUUUGCACCUUGCAGGUGCUUAAUCAGGAUGAGACACCUUUGCUAUACAGCCUAGUCUUUGGGGAAAGCGUAGUAAAUGAUGCAACAUCAGUGGUGCUCUUCAAUGCAAUCCAGAGCUUUGACCUGUCUCACUUUAGCUCAAGCAUUGCUUUGCAGUUUGUUGGAAACUUUUUGUAUCUAUUUAUCACAAGCACCUUGCUCGGAGUUUUUACUGGACUGCUUAGUGCAUAUAUGAUUAAAAGGCUCUAUUUUGGCAGGCACUCUACAGAUCGUGAAGUUGCUCUUCUGAUACUUAUGGCUUACCUUUCAUAUAUGCUAGCUGAACUAUUUUAUUUAAGUGCUAUUCUCACUGUAUUCUUUUGUGGAAUUGUCAUGUCUCACUACACAUGGCAUAAUGUGACUGAAAGUUCAAGAGUGACUACAAAGCAUGCUUUUGCCACAUUGUCAUUUGGUGCUGAGAUCUUUCUAUUCCUUUACGUUGGCAUGGAUGCCUUGGAUAUUGAGAAGUGGAGAUUUAUAAGUGAUAGCCCUGGAAAAUCAGUUGGGGUGAGCUCAAUUCUGAUGGGACUGGUUUUGGCUGGAAGAGCGGCCUUUGUUUUCCCGUUAUCCUUCUUAUCGAAUCUGGCUAAGAAUUCUCCUCAUGAAAAAAUCAACUUCAAUCAACAAGUUACAAUUUGGUGGGCUGGUCUUAUGCGUGGAGCUGUUUCUAUGGCACUUGCUUACAAUCAGUUUACCAGGUCAGGCCAUACUCAAUUGCAUGGGAAUGCACUUAUGAUCACCAGUACUAUUACAGUUGUUCUUUUCAGCACAGUGGUGUUUGGGUUGAUGACUAAACCACUUGUGAGGAUCUUGCUUCCUCAAUCAAAACAGAACACCAGCAUGAUUGCAUCCGAGCCGUCUUCUCCUAAAUCCUUCACUUUGCCACUUCUAAGCAAUGAACAUGAUUCAGAGACUGACAAGGGCAGCCAGCAUGUGCCACGCCCAACCAGCCUACGGAUGCUUCUGAGCCCUUCUCACACAGUCCACCAUUAUUGGCGGAAGUUCGAUAAUGCCUUCAUGCGGCCUGUCUUUGGUGGGAGGGGUUUUGUACCUUUUGUUCCCGGCUCACCAACUGAACAAGAAGAUGUUCAAUGGCAUUGAGAAGGAUAUCCAGCUGAAAGAUACUAAAAGCACUAAUUUCUGAAACUCGUAGGCAUGGCAUGAAAUACAGGCAAAAAAGAAAAAUAAUAAAAAGAAAGGCAGGGGGCAUUAAAGGGGGCUUUGUGUGAUUUAUUAAUACUAAAAGAGAUUUUUACAGUGGGUGGUAACAGCGUUUUCAUACAGCCUGGGCUGCUAGUAAUUUUAUUUUCGUGAGGUGAUUCAAAUUUUCAAGUCAACAUUGGUUGUCAAUGAUUUUGUGUCCUUGAUUUGCUUAAAAAGAGAGAGAGAGAGAUUGUGGCCUUGACGAUAUGUAGCUCUGCAAGUUUUUGACUUAUUGUUUAAUUUGAUUUACAGAUAAUAUUUAUGA